AUGGCUAGCCACCAUGCAAAAGAUACAUUGCAACCAAAACUUUCCUCACCAUCGACAAGCUCUCCUCCUAUGUCAGUUGUAGUGACACCUUGUGCGGCUUGUAAGAUUUUAAGAAGGAGAUGUGCGGAAACAUGCGUCCUGGCACCUCACUUUCCUCCGGAUGAACCUCUCAAGUUCAUUAUGGCUCAUCGUGUAUUUGGUUCAAGCAACAUAAUCAAGUUUUUACAGGAAUUACCAGAAUCUCAAAGAGGUGAUGCAGUUAGUAGCAUGGUGUACGAGGCUAACGCAAGAAUUAGAGACCCUGUAUAUGGAAGUGCCGGUGCCAUUUUUCAACUACAGAACCAAGUAAACGAACUGCAAGCGCAACUAGCCAAAGCUCAAGCUGAGGUAUUCAAUAUUCAGUGUCAAUAUGCAGCUUUGUUUUGCAUUGAAACAGGCCAAUCUCCACAAUCAUCAUCUCACCAAUCUUUUGACGGAUUUGUAACUGGUUCUGAUGAAAGCUUUCAAAGCAGUAACCCUAGUUUCUAUCUUGACCAAGAUUCAUUAUGGGACACUAUUUGGGCUUAA